AUGGCAAUGGAGCGGGACGCGGCCAAGCAGGCGCUCAGGAGCGCGUCGGGACGCCAGGGCGCCGCUACGCAACAGGAGCUGCCGGCGGGCUACCGUCGUGCGGUGGAGGAGCUCGAGUCUGAAGCGACGCAGCUGCGGCAGAGCAGCCGUGAGUGGCAGCAGCGAUAUGCGCAGCAGCAGCGGCUUCUGAGAUCCUGCCAGUCAAGGUUGGGAGACAGCGAGAUGGCUAAGAUGGCCUCAGAGACAAAGCUGCGGCUCCAGAUUGAAGAGCUGCGAGAGGAGCAGGAUGAGUUGCAGCGUCAGCACGACGAGUUGCUCGAGGAACACCGCCAACAGACACGGCAACUGCAGGACCUCAUGCAGCUCAACGAGCAGCUCCAGCUUAGGAAGAGCGAGCUGCAGGGCGUGGUGGCGACGGCAGGCACGAGGCUGCAGGAGGGCGAGACCCGCGCAGGCGAGAGCGUCAGGCUCGCCGACGAGGCGCUCGUCGAGAAGGACGCUGCGCUGCUCAGGGAGCGACACCUCAAGGAGAAGAUAGUGCGUCUGAAACAAGAACUGGAGAGCAUCAAGGCAACAGCGACAGAGAAAAGUCGUCACCAAAUGAACAAAAGCAAAGACCAAUACAACGAGAGCAUCCAGAGGAUAUCGCACGACCUAGCCUUGACGAAACAAAGAAAUGAAAAAAUGAAGGCAGAAAAGGAUCUGCUAGCAGAGCAGCUGCAGGAGACUCAAGCUGCAGCAGACUCCACCAAGGAUGGUCUGCAGCACGAGCUCCAGCAGCUCAGGCACGAGGCUGCAGAACUCCGGCAGAGAAUAGCAGAGCUGAACGCGCAGUGUGCAGCCUCUGCCAGCAGAGAACAGGCUGCCAGAGUGAGGGAGGAGCGCGUGAGGGCACUUUUCUGCGAAGCAGCACAGAAGCAAGAGCAGCAGCUGAAGCAGCUAGAGGAGGAAGUAUCGCGCCUGAGGGCUGAGGGCGAAGAAGCGCGAGCAAAGCAGCGCGCCUUGGAGCGCGCGCGACACACCGACGCAUCGCACACGGCAGACCUGCGCCGCGCGCUAGAGCAGAAGGUCGUCAGACUCGAACUUUGUCUCAGUGAGAAAAAGAAGCAGCGGGAGGACCUGGAGAAGCAGCAUCAAGAGCAGCUGUGCGGCCUGAGAAGCAACCAGGAGCAGCUCACGUCUAAGCUUCACGCGCGCAUCCAAGAGAAGCAAGACACGUGCGCCAGGUUAUUGCAGGAGCGGGAGUCCCUGACACGAGCGCUGGAGAGCAGACUCUCCGCCGCCACCUCCAUGGCCGCGAGCACGGCUGCGGAGCUCGCCCAACAGAAAGCUCAUGCUGAGCACUACAAGAAAAAACUUGAUGCCGCAAAUAACAGGUUACGUUGAUUGAAUGAAGGAUUGAAUGUCCUAUUGAUU